UCCUCCUCCUCCUUCUCCUGACCUGUCACUGGACUACAUCCUUUCACACACAGGAGCAUCUAGGCGUCCACAGACAGCCGUCACAGUAACGCUCGUGGGACCACGGCUCGUCGGACACAGGUCCACUGUCAGUGAGACACAGUGAGAUGCCAAGAAAGGCGCGAGUCACCCACGGAGCUCGUCGUGGCUUUUGCUGUGAUUUGUGAGAAGCAUCACUGAGGUCCUCCGUUCAUCAGUUAGCCGGCUGCCGAGGUGUAAAAGGUCAGUGUCAUGACUGGAGCUGAGAAUGAAGAUGAUAUUCCAUUAGGUGAAAGGAAGACUGUCACAGAUUUCUGCUAUCUCCUGGACAAGUCCAAACAACUCUUCAAUGGGCUCAGAGACCUUCCUCAGUAUGGACACAAGCAGUGGCAGUCUUACUUUGGACGGACUUUUGAUGUCUACACUAAGCUGUGGAAAUUUCAGCAGCAACACAGGCAGGUUCUGGACAGUCGGUAUGGCUUGAAGAGAUGGCAGAUUGGGGAAGUUGCUUCCAAAAUUGGGCAGCUUUACUACCACUACUACCUUCGUACUUCAGAAACAAGUUACCUGAAUGAGGCCUUUUCAUUCUACUCAGCCAUCCGUCAACGCUCCUACUAUUUUCAGGUCAACAAAGAAGACCGGCCAGAAUUAGUAGUGAAGAAGCUUCGUUAUUAUGCUCGCUACAUAGUCGUCUGUUUACUGCUGAACAAGAUGGACCUAGUUAAAGUUUUGGUGAAGGAGUUAUCAGAGGAAAUCGAAGAUUAUACACAACGAUUCAACACAGAGGACCAGUUAGAAUGGAAUCUGGUUCUACAGGAAGUGGCAGCCUUUGUAGAGGCGGAUCCAGUGGUAGUUCUGAACGACAACAAUUCUGUUGUUGUCACCAGCAAUCGGCUGCAGGAGGGAAGUGUGCCCCCACUGGAACAAGGCAUGGUGGUUGGGCAGCUUGUUCUUGCAGAUGCACUAAUCAUCGGCAACUGUAACAACCAGGUGAAAUUCAGUGAGUUAACCAUCGAUAUGUUCCGCAUCCUUCAAGCUUUGGAGCGGGAACCUGUAAAUCUGGCCACACAGACCUCAAAACAAGGAACGCUGGAACCCAAUGAGAAGCCAGCGAAAAGAGAAAACCCUCACAAGUAUUUGCUGUACAAGCCAACAUUCAGCCAGCUUUUUACUUUCUUGUCUGCCUCUUUUAAGGAAUUGCCUGCCAACAGCGUUCUGCUUGUCUACCUGUCAGCUACUGGAGUCUUCCCGACUGGGCAUUCAGAUUAUGAAGGACCAUAUGAUUUUGGAGGAGUUCUCACAAAUACAAAUCGAGAUGUGGUGAAUGGAGAGACGGUGCAGAAGAGGAAUCAGGCCCAGAAAGAAAUGCACUGCCUUCAUCCAGGGGAUUUAUUCCCUUUUACCCGGAAGCCACUUUUUGUCAUUGUGGAUUCUUCAAACAGCACAGCAUACAAGCAUUUCACUAAUCUGUUUGGCCAGCCUCUGGUGUGCCUACUAUCGCCUACAGUAUAUCCCAAGAGUGUGCAAGAUCAGUCACAGCGUGGGAGUCUCUUCACUCUGUUCCUCUACAGUCCACUCUUGGCUUUUUCCUCUGUGUGUGGCUUAAACAAUGUGCAACGAGGCCUGUGGGAGAGGGCUCAGGAAUUUCUUCGUCAAGUCUACCGGGACAUUGGGCAGAUGAUAACUCGAUCGCGGACCAUAGAUCAAGCCUUUUUGCAAUUCUUUGGUGAUGAGUUCCUUCGGCUGCUGCUGAUCCGCUUUGUUUUCUGCUCAGCUGCACUAAGACUACAUAAACUCUUCCGGGAUUCCCAGAGCUUCCCGGAGUCAUAUCCUGAGCUCCCUAAGCAGGAUACAGUGGAGAGCAGCCUUCUACAGAAGCAUAUUUUGGAGCUGGCAACCAUGCUGGAUGUGCAGAGCCUAUUUUGGGAUGAUUCACUGGAAGCCUACUAACAUCUUCGCACAAAGCAAAAUGGCAAAUCAUGUACAUACAGACUCAACUGCCAGAGCCCUCACAGUUGUCUUUCCUUUUUUUACAGGUAAAAAAUAAGUGAUUCAGCACAUAAAAGUUCAUGUCCUGCAUUUAACUGUUACCUGUGGAAGCAAACGUAGUGCAACAUCAAAAUGUUCACAUAGUUCAGCCAGGGAGUUUAAUAUAGUGAAAAAUUUCCCAUUUUGAGUCUACAGCUUGCCUCGUAAAUAUAAGCAUCAUGUAAGAAAUAAGAAUAAAUCGCUGCAAAUAACUUUUCUACUCACCAUCCCUUAUCCAAAUGUAAAAAUGAAAAGCAGCAGCCCCUCAAUAUAUUUCUCAUGUCAGAUAAUUGUUUGCAGUUUGUGUUUUUUUUAUUGUUUAUUCGAGUGAAGGUUUGUAAGCGUGAAUGGAAAUAUCUUGGGCAGCUUCCGCAUGAAAGAAAAAGCAGGAUGGUGUUGAGAGACAACACAGUGCUAAACAAAACCCUUACUGCAUAAGUCAAUAUUAAAAACAAGCAUAAUUAUUAUAAUAUAUUCUAUUAUAAUGAUCAGCACACUAUUCACACACUAAGGAAUUUAAAAGAUUUCACCAAAAAUGUUAUUACUGGUAUUUGCCAAACAGUGCUUGAUGUCUAGCAGUUUUUCUUGUAGCAGGCUGAGGUGCAUGUGGUCAUGUUCUGUUGCGUGUUGUAGGUCCUCAUUAGUUGUAAAGAUAUCACAGUCCUUAGUGGCAUUAACCAACAAUUCACCUAAUACCUUUAAUCGUCAGUUGUUUUGGCCUGGUUUUGAAAGUGGUCGUUAGUGCUUUUUCCACAUCACUGUGCUGUAUUUGCAUGCAAAAAAAGCAAAGAGAAGGCAUUUUGUUGUUUUAUACACAAAGAAUGGCCUCCAGCUUUAAGUGUAGUACAUUUUAAAAUGGCACAGGGUUGUGAAGUAAACAGAGCCAGUGCAUGUGUUGCAUGGGCCUGUUCAUUUGUAGCUGUGUCAAGAAACGAGGACAAUCUGCUCUGAUAACAGAGGAGAUGAAGUUAGUAGCAUGGUGUGCACACCAACAUUUUUUUACUGACAAACAUGCAUCAUUCCAUUUAUAACUUAAAUUACACCAAAACACCUCUGUAACCUACAACCCCAAUUCCAAGUGUUUAAAACGUAAAUAAAUGCAGAUUGCA